CAAGUGUAGGGUCCAACCAAGUUGGUAUAUAUUCAGACAACAAAUCUCACUCAGGAAUACUUGAUACUCGAUAUCAGCAAAGUUUAAGUCGAUCAUUUUUAUCUCCUUGAUUUUUAUUCAAUCAUGAAGAUCAUCAUUGCAUUUUUGGGACUGAUGACUGUUGUCCAUGCUCAAUAUAGAUAUCCUUACAAUCAAGAAUAUUACGGACGAAGAGUUGCGAUUUUGCGACAAAAUCAAAAUCAAGAUAUUGAUGGUUCCUAUGCAUUCAGCUAUGAUACUGAGAAUGGAAUUAGCGUGGCUGAACAAGGUACUCCAACAAUUGGACCAAGUGGACCUGCUGAAAUUGUACGUGGACAAUAUAGUUAUACAGCACCAGAUGGUACACCAAUUGUUGUUCAAUAUACUGCUGGUCCAGAUGGUUUUCAAGCAAGUGGAAAUCAUCUUCCAACUCCUCCACCAAUUCCAGUUGCAAUUCAAAGAGCCUUGGCUCAUAACGCCGCACAUCCGGAGGAAGAGGAACCAUACAACAGAAGAUACUACGGUCUCAAUAAAUAAAUUUAUUUAAUCAAAAAAAAUUUUUUUCAUUAAUACAAAAUAUGAAAGAAUUUAAAAGCUAUAUACAUUUUUUUUUAUUUUCAAUAUACGCAUUAGUUGGACCACGCCAUUCAGAAUAUUAAUUUCCGUUGUAAUAUUAUGUUUUUUUUUUUUUUAAGAUAAUUGAUUUGAUAGUUUACUGAUUGAUCAAUCAUUUUAAACGUAACAUGUCGACGACUUUUAUUUUUCAAUUGAUAUGUGAUUACUCUCGAUUAUGCAUUAAUAAUUAAUUAAUUUUUUUUAAUACUAAUUCUUCCUGAUUGUACACUACUAUCAAUUUUCGCUUUUAUAUUUCUUUCUCUUUUAUUUUUUUACGCGAUAAUAGCUUUUUCGCUAUGACGACUUAUUUGCAUAAUCAAUUUUAUAAACAAUCAUCUGAGUACAUUGAUAUGUACACUUAACUUACCAUACAUAUAAAUUAAUUGUUUUUUUUUUUUUAUAUAGUAUUAAUAUGUCGUUUUGGCAUGUGUAAUGUUACAUCAAUUAUUUGAUAAUAUUUUCUAUUUAACGCUGAUUGAUUGAGGUAAUUUAAUCUGGAAAUAUUUAAUUUUUAUUGGUGAUAUUACACAUGCUUAUAAUUAUGUUAUUAAAUAAAAAUAAUAUUGUUUUUUUUUUUGUAAUUAAUUAUAUAUUUUUUAUUUUUGAAAUAAAUAUUGUCUUAAUGUUAUUGUU